GGAUAACGUCACCACAUCCCGGACAGCAGGGCGCGCGUCAACAACCAUGACGUGUGGCAGGCGAAAACGGUGAUAAAAGCCUCGUCCUGCUGGGACCUCGUCAACCUAAAGACAUUGUGAGCUUGGCGAAGGCAAAGUACUUAUAUAGAUCUGUCCAAUUGAUUCCCUAGCAGCAGCAGCCCUCUCCGCUGGAAGAAAGCUUUAGGAGACCGUCUGACAGCGUCGAAAGGAAACAAAGAUGCCAGGACACAGGGUGCGUGGAGUCCACAACCAUGGGCCUACUAGGGAUGGUCGCACUUUGGAAGAAACCCGCUUGCUGUCCGAGGGAAGCUCGCGGGCGCUGCGUGCUGAGGAGGCUAAGGAUUGUUACGAAAAAGCGCUCGAGUUUGCGCGCAACCGCCUAGUGGAGCCGGUCUCAAACGAUGAAAUCGCCGAGUCCAAAGAAUACGUCACGGACGCCAUGAUCACCGAGCUCAAGAUUCUCGGUCCGCGGGCCUGUGUUUGCGGUGCACUGGCCGCUAGCCGGGAGCUAAACCAACGUGCAAAGCUCAGCACUCACCGAAGUUCUCUGCUGAAAGCCAGGGCGUACAUGUGUGAGGUUAUGGCGAUUAGGAUUGUGGAGGAUCUCGCGGAGGAUAAGGAUGGGAGAGAAGAGCUGUUUGUAGAGGUGCUUACGCCGCUGUUCACGAAUUGGAAGGCGCCGCACAAGCAGGAGAGCCCACUCUCCAUCGCUGUCGAAUCUGGCGCGGUCUCCUUCGUCAACACCAUCGUGGUGCAGCAAUGCGUCGAGUACAUCUGGCGCGGCCUCCUGAUCCCCCGCCCAUCAUGGGAGAUCAAACAAGACAGUCGUGAUGGCGACGGAUACGUCCAGGGCUACCAAUGGCCCACGCAGAUCAGAUCUGGUUUCAAUGCUCUACCCGAAGGCCGGUUGAGUGUCCCGAUAUACCGAUACGCUGCCGAGACGAUGUUCAGUUUCGCGCUGUUGAUGGUGUUCACGUUUGUCGUCAACUACCGGACCCCGCAUUUCAAUGCGGCGGAGAUCAUCAUGUAUAUCAUGGUUGGGUCUUAUAUGAUCACGGAGAUCAAGCAGUUCCGUUCACAAGGCACAGGAUUGUACUUCCUGACAUUGUUCAACUGCAACGACAUGAUCAGCUUGGUCCUGUUCUCAAUCGCCUUUGGAGCCAAAGUCUACGCUCAAUGGAUUGGCAGCGAGGAGAUCUUGACGGGUCCAACCGAUUUGUCCUAUGAUCUGCUAGCGUGUAACGCUGUGUUCUUGUGGACUCGUGCGAUUCAUGUUCUUGCUGGAUUCCGAUACUUUGGAGAGAUGGUCGUCAUCAUCCGCUCCAUGUUGCAAGACGCUGCUUACUUUUUCGUCAUGUUCUUCUUUGUGCUUGUCGGGUUUGUCCAGGCGUUUGCUGGUUUAGCGCGUGCAUCGCCAUCGGAGGGACCUGGGUUCGCUAAGGGGGGAUACUUGUUAGCCAAGGCUUUCCUGCAGGCCCCUGACUUCGAGGACGCCGAGCGCAUGCACGACGUCCUCGGACCCCCACUCCUCAUCUUCUUCCAGAUCCUCGGCACCGUCAUCAUGCUCAACAUGCUCGUAGCCUUCUUCAACCAAUCCUACUCCACCAUCAUCGAAACUGCCACCGAACAGCACGUCUACCAAUUCACCGUCAACGUCCUCGGCCUCUACCUCGACGCCACGCGGUACCCCUUCAUCCCGCCCGCCAACCUCGUCGAACCCUUCCUCAAAGUGCCCUCGCUCUUUCUCUCGGAACAGCGGUACCUCGCUCUGCGCAGAUGGGUGUGGGUCCUCGCCGUGUUCCCCGCCAACCUCGCCAUCGCGAUCGCCGAGGAGGCAUUCCCGCAGCUCACGGCGCAGCUGUACCAGGUGAAGGAGGACCAGGAUUUCGAAGAGGAGCAACGGGAGCGGAGGUUGAGGAAGGCGGAGGAUGCGGCGCCUGUGGAGAGCGAGCCUGUGACGGGUGGGAAGGGGUUGGAGAAGGAGGGGAAGAAGAUCGAGGCGCCGGAGUUGGAAGAGGAUGCGGGCGUGCAGGAGACUUUGAAGUUUUUGGUGAAGGAGAUUAGGGAGUUGAGGUUGAAGUUGGAGGAAAAGAACGGGAGUGGGGCUGAGUAGACUAAGCGAGUAGAAGGAGUCAAGGAGGCCCACAGAAGGUGGCGGGUGUGGUCAUGCGGAUAGAUACCUAGCGGCGUAUAGGUCCUCCAAGUUUACGUAGCUUUGUGAUAGUGUAAGGACGGUCGGACUCAUUAGUUUCCUGUUCUCAGAACUUUCAUUCAAAUGUAUAUUGCUUAUCAUGCAUCGACACU